AUGGCAGUCACUAACGAUAGCACAGCUGAGGUUUUGUUGAUAUAUCAACAAUUGUAUCAGGUUGCACUGACUGAAGGGCCGAUAUCAAAAGUUAGUGUUGCAUUAAUAAUGUCACUGUUCUUUACUUAUUUGAAUUCCAGCAUGGUCUACACUCUUUGGAGCAAGCCUGUUUUUAAAGAAACUUCACGUUACAUUCUGUUUACCCACAUGCUUCUUAAUGACUCGAUACAUCUCCUUGUUACGUCUUUGUUGUAUAUUUUUGGUCUGGCAUUUCUCAAGUUGGUCAAGGCUGCUUGCGCUUUUAUAGUGUUUGUUUCAGUUACUACUUUCCGUAACACACCUUUAAACCUGGCUGUGAUGUCACUAGAGCGUUAUGUGGCUAUAUGCUUUCCUCUAAGACAUGCUGAAAUAGCCACUCAGAAAAGAACUUAUAUUGCUAUCGGAGUCAUUUGGUUUAUUGCUUCCAUAAACUUAAUAAUUGACUUGCUUUAUGUAGUAGUGGUGGAUUCUAAAUUUUUUACCUCACAAAUAAUGUGCACAAGAGAAAGGCUAUUCAUAAAACAAUGGCAGGUAGAUGUUUUUCAGGGCUUUAACAUAUUCUACUUUGUAUCAGUGACUAUGAUCAUCCUUUUCACUUAUAUCAGCAUUUUGAUCACAGCCAGGUCCAUCUCCUCCAAUAAAGACUCUGCUACGAAAGCCCACAAGACUGUGCUGCUGCACCUCAUUCAGCUGGGCCUGUGUCUUUCCACUUUUCUCUACAGCAUUAUAGAGCAAGCUGCAGCAAUGGCCGGCAGCAGCAGCCUCUUCUUGGACCUGCGUUAUCUAAACUAUUUGUUUGUGCUGAUUUUGCCACGUUGCCUAAGCCCACUCAUCUACGGACUGAGAGACGAUGCUGUACGGUCGUUGUUAAUCUACUACUUCCGCACUGCACUCGGCAAACGCAAGUCGACAGUCAAUGUACACUGA